AUGUCUACUUACGCCCUUCCCGAAAGCCAUCGCGAUAAGUCUCUCGUCGAGACUGACCCUGAGAUCGCCGAGAUCAUGAAGAAGGAGAUUCAGCGCCAGCGCGAGUCCAUCCUUCUGAUUGCCUCGGAGAACGUCACCUCGCGCGCUGUCUUCGAUGCUCUGGGUUCGCCCAUGAGCAACAAGUACUCCGAGGGUUACCCCGGCGCCCGCUACUACGGCGGUAACGAGCACAUCGAUGCCAUUGAGCUCACUUGCCAGGCUCGCGCUCUCGAGACCUUUGGCCUCGACUCUGAGAAGUGGGGUGUCAACGUUCAGUGCUUGUCCGGCUCUCCUGCCAACCUCCAGGUCUACCAGGCCAUCAUGCGUCCUCACGACCGCUUGAUGGGUCUUGACCUUCCCCACGGUGGCCACUUGUCCCACGGUUACCAGACUCCCCAGAGAAAGAUCUCUGCUGUUUCCACCUACUUCGAGACUUUCCCCUACCGUGUCAACCUCGAGACUGGCAUCAUCGACUACGACCAGCUCGAGCAGAACGCUCUCAUGUACAGACCCAAGGUCAUCGUUGCCGGUACUUCUGCCUACUGCCGUACCAUCGACUACAAGCGCUUCCGUGAGAUUUGCGACAAGGUCGGCUGCUACCUCAUGGUCGACAUGGCCCACAUCUCCGGUCUGAUCGCCGGUCGUGUCAACGACUCUCCCUUCCCCUACGCCGAUAUCGUCACCACCACCACCCACAAGUCGCUCCGUGGUCCCCGUGGUGCCAUGAUCUUCUUCCGCAAGGGUGUCCGCAAGACUGAGAUGAAGGCUGGCAAGGAGAUCCAGACUCUCUACGACCUCGAGGGUCCCAUCAACUUCUCCGUCUUCCCUGGUCACCAGGGUGGUCCUCACAACCACACCAUCACUGCUCUUGCUGUCGCCCUCAAGCAGGCUCAGUCUGAUGAGUUCAGACAGUACCAGCAGCAGGUCAUCAACAACGCUAAGGCCCUUGAGCACGAGUUCAAGAACCUUGGCUACACCCUCGUCACUGGCGGUACUGACAACCACAUGGUUCUCAUCGACCUGAAGCCCCAGAAUCUUGACGGUGCCCGUGCUGAGGCUGUCCUCGAGCAGAUCAACAUUGCUUGCAACAAGAACACCACCCCUGGUGACAAGUCUGCCUUGACUCCUUACGGUAUCAGAAUUGGUGCCCCCGCCAUGACUUCCCGUGGUAUGGGCGAGGACGACUUCAAGCGCAUUGCUGGCUACAUCGACCAGGCCGUCAAGCUUUGCAAGUCUGUCCAGGCCGACCUGCCCAAGGACAACAACAAGCUCAAGGACUUCAAGGCCAAGGUUGCCUCGGGCGAGGUUGAGGAGAUCAACAAGCUCAAGGCUGAGAUUGCUCAGUGGGCUUGCACCUUCCCUCUGCCCAUCUAA